AAAAUCUUCAUCUUCAUUUUCAUUUUCUUUUUUAUUUUAAAUUUUAUCUUCAUUCUCUCUCCUUCUUGUCACGAAAUUCCACCAUUUCUCUCCAUACAGAGGAAUAGAAUCAAUCUCUACAUAUAUAUAUAUGCGUAUGCUCAUACAUAAACAAGAAUCCUAGCUUUGACCUCGUCGUAGGCGUGUCUCCGCCUGCUUCUCGUCGGAAUCGUUAAGGAUAUGGCGCCGAGUGGACGGGGCGUUCAGUUGAUACCGGUAUCGUCUUCGGCCGCGGCGGCGGAGGCGGCGAUCGGCAUUAGAGAUUCCGAUUUCGGGGCGAUGGAGGAGGUCAGGCUCCUCGACGCGUACGAUGACGGAACCACCGGGGAUUUGAGUAGGGUCGAGGAAGGCGGCGGGAGUGGCGGUGUGAGGAGGAUUCAGGUUAGAGUGACAGGCAUGACUUGCGCUGCUUGUUCUAAUUCCGUAGAAGGAGCAUUGAGGAGCGUUAAUGGCGUACUGAGCGCCUCCGUAGCCUUGUUGCAGAAUAGGGCCGAUGUCGUUUUCGAUCCCGAUCUGGUCAAGGAGGAGGACAUUAAAGAAGCCAUUGAAGAUGCUGGAUUUGAAGCAGAGAUUCUGUCGGAACCUAACACCACAGGGACAAAAGCACAAGCUACCACCUUGGUUGGGCAGUUUACCAUUGGAGGGAUGACCUGUGCUGCCUGUGUUAAUUCAGUCGAAGGCAUUCUAAGAGAUCUUCCUGGUGUCAAAAGGGCAGUAGUGGCCUUGGCUACUUCAUUAGGAGAAGUCGAGUAUGACCCGGCUAUAACCAGCAAAGAUGAUAUAGUUAACGCAAUCGAGGAUGCUGGUUUUGAGGCUUCACUUGUGCAGAGCAGUCAGCAAGAUCAAAUUGUGUUAAGUGUUAAUGGCAUCUUUAGUGAAUUUGAUGCACAGAUCCUAGAAGGUAUACUCACUCGGUUGAGUGGGGUUAGACAAUUUUGUCUUGACCGGAUAUCGGGAGAACUGGAGAUGGUUUUCGAUCCUGAGGUUGUCAGUUCAAGAUCCUUGGUGGAUGGGAUCGAAGGAGGAAGCAAUGGGAAGUUCAAGUUGCGGGUAAUGAAUCCUUACGAAAGGUUGAACUCUAAAGACACCGGAGAAGCUGCAAGUAUGUUUCGGCUUUUCAACACCAGUCUUUCUCUCAGUAUUCCUCUGUUCUUCAUCAAAGUUGUGUGCCCACAUAUCCCUAUGCUAGACUCCUUGCUGGUUUGGAGAUGUGGACCAUUUAUGAUGGGUGAUUGGUUGAAAUGGGCAUUGGUAAGUAUUAUUCAGUUUGUUGUCGGGAAGCGUUUCUACGUUGCAGCAGGAAGAGCUCUUCGAAAUGGUUCGACUAAUAUGGACGUUCUGGUCGCGCUUGGAACCUCAGCUUCUUACUUCUACUCUGUCGCGGCUCUUCUGUAUGGAGCGGUCACUGGGUUUUGGUCUCCAACAUACUUUGAAACGAGCGCUAUGCUGAUAACGUUUGUCUUGUUGGGAAAGUAUUUGGAAGCUCUCGCAAAGGGAAAGACGUCAGAUGCUAUUAAGAAACUCGUAAAACUCGCUCCCGCCACCGCAAUUCUGCUCGUCAAUGGCAAAGGCGGAAAGGCGGUUGGGGAAAGAGAGAUAGAUGCUUUGCUGAUUCAGCCUGGCGACACGUUGAAAGUUCUUCCGGGUACAAAGAUCCCGUCAGACGGUGUCGUGACAUGGGGAACAAGUUACAUAAACGAGAGUAUGGUGACGGGUGAAUCGGUUCCAGUAUCUAAGGAGGUCGAUUCACCCGUAAUCGGAGGUACGAUGAACAUGCAUGGUGUUCUUCACAUCAAAGCUACAAAAGUUGGGUCGGAUGCAGUCCUUAGUCAGAUCAUAAAUUUGGUCGAGACAGCUCAAAUGUCUAAAGCUCCUAUUCAGAAGUUUGCCGAUUAUGUCGCUAGCAUUUUCGUCCCGAUAGUGAUUACUUUGGCACUAUUCACUUUAUUGGGCUGGCUAAUUGGCGGAGCCAUUGGAGCUUACCCAGAAGAAUGGCUGCCGGAAAACGGAACUUACUUCGUUUUCUCGCUCAUGUUUGCAAUAUCGGUUGUAGUAAUAGCUUGCCCGUGUGCUCUCGGGCUGGCAACUCCGACCGCUGUUAUGGUCGCGACGGGAGUCGGGGCAAGUAAUGGCGUUUUGAUCAAAGGAGGAGAUGCAUUGGAAAGAGCUCAGAAGGUGAAAUAUGUGAUAUUCGACAAAACAGGCACUCUAACUCAAGGGAAAGCUACUGUUACAACCGCGAAAGUUUUCUCGGAGAUGGACCGUGGAGAAUUCCUUACGCUCGUUGCGUCCGCUGAGGCAAGCAGUGAACACCCGCUGGCAAAAGCAAUAGUCGAAUACGCUCGGCAUUUCCACUUCUUUGAUGAAUCCGAAACAGACAAGAAAGACUCCCGAGUUUCGGGAUGGCUCCUCGAAACCUCGGGUUUCUCCGCUCUUCGCCUAAGGUAUACUCACUCGGUUGAGUGGGGUUGUUGCUGCUUAUCGAUCGGUGAACGUUUCAUUCUGGGUUUAACCGGCAAUAAUCUUUUUGUUUCGAUCAAGGUCGGGAACCGUAAACUUAUGACGGAGAAUGGUAUCGCCAUCCCGGACCACAUCGAGAAUUUCGUUGUGGAACUCGAAGAAGGUGCAAAGACGGGAAUACUCGUUGGCUACGACAGCAAAUUGGUAGGUGUAAUCGGAGUUGCGGAUCCGCUAAAGCGAGAAGCGGCCGUCGUCGUGGAGGGUCUCCUUAAAAUGGGAGUUAGACCCAUAAUGGUCACCGGAGAUAACUGGAGAACAGCCAUGGCGGUCGCCAAGGAGGUCGGGAUCGAGGAAGUGAGAGCGGAGGUGAUGCCAGCAGGGAAAGCGGACGUGAUCCAUUCGUUGCAGAGAGACGGAAACACGGUGGCAAUGGUGGGAGACGGGAUAAACGAUUCGCCAGCUUUGGCCGCAGCCGACGUGGGAAUGGCGAUAGGGGCGGGGACGGAUAUAGCCGUGGAAGCGGCGGACUACGUCCUGAUGAGGAACAACCUCGAAGACGUGAUCACGGCCAUCGAUCUCUCCCGGAAAACGUUCUCGAGGAUCAGGCUGAAUUACGUUUUCGCCAUGGCCUACAACGUGGUGGCCAUCCCGGUGGCGGCCGGAGCGUUCUACCCGGCGCUGAGGGUUCAGUUGCCGCCGUGGGCUGCCGGCGCGUGCAUGGCACUCUCCUCGGUCAGUGUGGUUUGCUCCUCGUUGUUUCUCAGGAGAUACAAGAAACCAAGACUCACCACUGUCUUGGAGAUCACAGUGGAAUAGUUAGUGUGUGUAAUGGACCGACCCCCCUUUUUAUUUUUUUUGGAAAAAACUAAUAACAGUUUUUUUUCGUGUUUUGUAAAAUUCCACGGAAUUGAAUUUUGUUGUAACGACUUGAUCCAGAAAACGGUCCGUUAAAUCGUAUGAUUACAGCGGCUGUUCAAAUA